CUCCACGCGGAUAACACCCGAGGAGGCUCCGCGGCGGUUCGGGCGGUUCGGCCUCGAUUCGGCUCGAUGUUGCGGAUCUUUUCUCAGCUGCUGCUGCCGUUCUGUUCUGUGGGCCAGUUGUCUCAACGCCAUCGACCGGUUCGGAUUCCUUCGCCUCCUCCUCGUGUGUGGGGCUGCUCUGCGGACACACUUUUCGGCGGGAUUUUUUUUUCUUUCGAUUUUUUCUUCUUCUGUAUUAUAAGCGCGUUCGUGUGUGUGUGCGUGCGUGUGCGUGUGUGUGUUCGCUUUUGCAGGGGGUCAUCCACCCCUUGGACGUCGGUUCCGUAGCCCGGAAUUGUUCCGGGAAAUUUCGAGGAUCAUUCCAAACACGAAUUGUUGCUUAAAUUGACAAAAAAGUGUUCAUUUUCGUUCCAAGAAGGACUUAAACAAGGAUGUAACACACGGCCAAGGAUGCAGUUUCCGGAUGUUCUGCAGCGGAAGGUGGAGGUCGUCGUCGUCGUAAUCGGCGUUGAUCUACUCUGACAAGAUGCCGAGAGAGAAGCGCUGAAGAAGAAUGGGAAUAAUUAGAGUAAAAAUUCUCAAAGGAAAAAAUAUGUUCAAAUAACAAAAAUGUCCUCGUGAGAUAGUGAAAAUAUAAAUAUAACAACGAGAGAAAGCAAACAAGAAGAAUCCAUGAAAGUGAUUUCCUAAUCCUCGGGAUUUCUCUCACUCAAACGGUCGGAUGGUUUGGAAAAGUUGAAAAGAGAAAAAAAGAGUGCGUGUAAAGAUCCGGAUAAGAAGUUGCGUGGGUUUCCGGAAGUGCCCUCAAGGGAAAAGAGAGGAAGAGAGCGAGUAAACCACCCGUGCGAGUGAGAGAGAGAAUGCAAAUUGUUGCUGCCGGGGCCGCCACAGGAAGCAAGCAAGCAGCAAGCGGAAGAAGGAUUACCGUCCUUGGCGCCCACCGUCGUCGCGGUCGUUGUGCUCCGGCAAGAUGAGUGACAAGCUGUCCGCGGCUGGUGGCCGGUACAACCGGAUCAGCCCGUCGUCGGGCCGCGGCUCCAUCAUCGCGUACUCGCCGCUGCCCAAGUCCGAGCAGGACUGCCUCAUCCAGGGUCCGCCCGGGAACAACUGUCUGGCGAUUCCGCUGUCGGCGAUCCAAACCGACAACAACAACCUGCACGCGAAGCCGGUUCCGCCGGCGCCGCUCAACCUGACCGGGAAGGUGAACAAUCCGCACGGCAUCUACGGCACGCACCAGGCGGUGGCGGUGGCCGCGGACGGAACGCAAGCGGCCCACAAACAUGCCGGAAAGCGCUUUAUCAUUGUCAGCGACAUCAAGAAAACAGUGAGCUUCGGUGGUCAGCCUGGGAGUGGUGGCUUCGUCAGUUCCCGCAGCGAACCGAUCUCGCUGGCAACACUGGACAAGGACUGCUUCAUCAUCCCGGUGCACAGCCUGGACCGGUUUCUACCUGCCGGAAUUCCCCUUCCCACGCCGGAAACGACCGACGCCAGCCAGCAGGGCCCGCUCAGUGUGCUGGAGGUGUCCGAUCCGAAGAUCUGCAUCCUGGCCCACCUGAUGAGUCCGCUGGAGCCGAUCGAGCCGCUGCUGGAGUCGCCGUUGUCGCACCCCCUGUCCAAGCAGCGCGCGGUGGCGUCCGAGCUGCUGAACGAGGUGCAGCAGGGCAACAACGCCGUCGGGGGCAUGCUGCUGGCCAACAUGGAGCGGAGUUCCGCCGAGUUCCCCUUCAUCGCGUACUAUGUGAUAAACACCACCCAGACUGAUCCGGCCCUGUUCUACAGCGGGGUGCGCGGCGCCUCGCUGUCCAAGUUCGAGCCCAAAAACACCCGCUACACCGCCGCCCACACGCUGGACCUGUACAGCGAGGUGGCCUCGAUCUGCCGGCCUCCGCUAGCGCUCGCCCCCAACGAGGUGGGCAGCGUCAAAAAGGGCCAGACGCCCUCGACGGGGUACAUCAUCAGCGUGUACAAGGUUUACGAAGGUGACGACGGCGAGCGGUUCGAACGGAAUUGGCUGUACUGGACCGGUGCCAGGAUGAUUUACAGAUAUCUGCCCAAAACGGCCGGCCUGCGGCGGAUCACGCUGCACAAGAGUGUGUCCUCCCGCGGGGACAAGAUGUAUCUGCUGAUCUGCGAGUGCGCCGACCUGCUGAAGGACCUGUCCGCCGCGGCCCUGCUCAUUCCGGCCCUCCGAGCCCGCCUCUGCGGCUACACCGGCCUCUACCGGCCCAUCCAGACCUUCUAGGAGCAGAGAACACAGUCGUUGAUUUUUGUUUUUUUUUUUUCAAAAGCGAUUUUAAUUUCGACGAACCUAAUUUCUUUUUAUAUGUUAGAGACACUAAGAAAAAAAGAGCAAAACACCUGUAGAAACACGCGGUUAGCAUUGGAAACCGGGCAUUCGACUUAUUUUCACAGAUUUUCAGAACAUUUCUUUCCAACACACGGUUGUGCAAUUAAGCAGCGGUUAGAAUAGUUUUGAGAGACGGUAGUAGAUCGGACGCGGACUAGAGGUAAAAUAGUGGCGAAGCUAAAUUUGACUAAUUAGAGAGACUAGAAACGUAAGUGAAAUCGCAAAAACCAAACUCGUUAAUGGUACAUUUAUAUGCUUAAAACUUUUUAUCAAAACCGUGAGAGAAAAAAAAGCGAAGCAGAGAAAAUAUAGUGAGCAAUAAGUUACCAGUAUUUAUAAAAGAAAAGAGAAUUUAAGCUAACAUAAAACAAAAACUCUAGAUUCAACUGCCAGACGCGCAGAGACGGGGGCGUGAAACUCAUUUC